ACCUACGUAAAGACUUCGUGGUGUAGAAAGGUUUUAACGAAAAUAAAGCAUAAUUGAUAACUUUUGUUAUUCAACCGCUCUUAUUUUCCUCGAACUAAAGUCCCCUGUUACGUGAAAUUGCGAGUUUUUAUUUCUGAACUUGAAUCCAUUGCUCACUCUACACAGUGAAAAUAUUAUUCAAAACAAAAACGUCUGUAAUAACUAGGUUUUCUUCAACAUAAAGAAGAAGAGUUCACGCUAAAGGGUAUUUUAUCAUCAUCUGGCAAUAUAGAUCUUCGAACGUCACUGUCAAUUUCUGCCAGUGUCAAACGUUGUUCGCAUUUCUGGUUUACGGGGGUAGUUUCCACACGAUUUCAAUAUUUAGAGUAGUUUUACAAACAUGACGACCGCAGCUCGACCCACAUUUGAUCCAGCCCGAGGUGGAAGUGGUCGGGGUGAAAAAGAUUUGAGUGCUCUCUCCAAGCAAUACUCUAGUCGGGAUUUGCCCGGACAUACAAAACUCAAAUAUCGUGAACAGGGACAAGGAACCUCCGAAGAGCUGCGAAGCAGAGAUUUCCGCAAGGAGCUUGAGGAGCGUGAACGCGAAUCACGACCAAACAAAAAUCUACCUCCAAUUGUACGCAAGGCCAUCGAGGCAAACAGCAGCAGCAACAAGCGACCAAAAUUAGAUCAGGCGCCUCCUACCAGUUUGGAUGCCGAUGAUCCCAUUGCCCACGAUUCAUCCGAGGAAGAGGACUCCGAUGACGACGAUGACACCGCAGCUCUCCUCGCCGAAUUAAACAAAAUCAAGCAGGAACGUGCUCAAGAAAGUGCAAGGAAAGAGGCCGAUAGAAAACAGGAGGAGGAACGCAUCCGAAUGGAAAACAUCCUGUCCGGAAAUCCCUUGCUGAAUUAUAGCACCGGUUCGAAGGGCGAUUUGAAAGUAAAAAAACGUUGGGAUGACGAUGUCGUAUUCAAGAAUUGCGCUCGUACAGAGCCCGAGAAAAAGUCACAUUUCAUCAAUGAUUCGUUACGCUCGGAGUUUCACAAGAAAUUCAUGGAGAAGUACAUUAAGUAAACAAGCCUAGAUGUUAACAAAUUUCAUUAGAAUAUAUUUUCCUGUAAAAUAAGUCUUCAAUAAAGUUGUUUUGAUAUUCCUUUGAA